AUGAGCGCACCAAGAUACUGCCCCCAUACUAAAGAGGAGGUCGGAUGGACGGAGAAAGAAACUCUCGUGAAAGAGGAGAAGGAAGAGGAUGAUGUCGCAGUUAAAAUAGAAGUAGAGGAUGAGACUGUUACUGUGAAAGAAGAAGAGACUGUUAAAAGAGAAGUAGAGGAUGAGACUGUUACUGUGAAAGAAGAAGAGAUGGACGAGGAGGAGGAGGAUGCAAUUUUUGGAGUGGAGGGAGAGAUAACUGUCACAUUGAAAGAAGCAGAAGAGGAGACAGGAGAUCUGGUUAACACCAGAGAAAGACCACAGUCUCACAACAGGAAGAGUCCAUCAGGAGAACCAGACCCAGAAAUGCCAAAUCCAGCCAGACGACACCACUGCUCCCAGUGUGGAAAGCAUUUUACCAAGUCACAGAACCUAAAACAGCAUGAGAGGACACACAAAGGAGAAAAGCCUUUUCAAUGCUUUCAGUGUGAAAAAAUAUUUUCAUGUUCACAGGAUUUAAAAAAGCAUGAGAGGACACACACAGGAGAAAUGCCCUUUCAAUGCUCCCAGUGUGGAAAGGGUUUUAACCGGUUAGGGAACCUGAAAGAACAUACAAUAAUACACACAGGAAAGAAGCCUCACCACUGCUCCCAGUGUGGAAAGAAUUUUAACCGGUUAGGGAAUCUGAAAAAGCAUGAGAGAAUACACUCUGGAGUGAAGCCUUACCAGUGUUCCUAUUGUGGAAAGAAUUUUACUCAGUUAGAGAACCUGAAGGAACAUGAAAGGACACAUACAGGGGAGAAACCCCACCCUUGCUCUCAGUGUGGAAAGGCUUUUACCACGUCACGAAACCUUAAAGAGCAUAAGACUAAACACACAGGAGAAAAGCCUUUCCACUGCUCCCUGUGUGGAAAGAAUUUUACCCAUUUAGGGAACCUGAAGAAACAUGAGAGAAUACACUCUGGAGAUAAGCCGUACCCCUGUUCCCACUGUGGAAGGAGUUUUAGGUGGUUAGGAACCUUAAAGCAACAUGAGAGAAUACACACGGGAGAGAAGCCUUUCCAAUGUUCCCAGUGUGGAAAGGGUUUUACCCAGUUAGGUAACCUAAAAGCUCAUGAGAGGACACACUCAGGAGAAAAGCCUUUCCAAUGUUCCCAGUGUGGAAAGAGUUUUACUGUGUUUGUGAGCCUAAAAGAGCAUAAGAGAAUACACACAGGAGAGAAGCCCUACCAAUGUUCCCACUGUGGCAAGAGUUUUAGGGGUUAG